AUGGCUACUCCCAAGCGGUUUACCACGCUCCUGCAGCUGGAGCAGCAAGAAGGGACUCUAUUUGAGGUGCUCGGUAACCCCACCAAGCGGCCCUACUGGUUCCACUCCGUGUACCUGAAGAGUCCAAAAGCAGUUCAUCUUGAGGCAUGGCUGGUGGAAGCAAUCUUUGGCCCAGGCGGAGAGCACAUUCCGCACGUCGAGUGUGUGUCGCAAACCCUGCUUCACGUUAAUCAGUGGGGCCGCGAAGGCGAGGCUGAGAUCUUGAUAUUUGGUCGGCCUGAUUACCAGAAGGAUGUAUGCAAGAUGAUCAUGAGCUUGGCUGACUAUCACCGCCAACUCCAGGCACAAAGCUCAGAGAAGGCCCCUGCCCAGGAAGCGGGAAAGCAGAGCUCCCGCGAGGCCUUCCGGGAGGCGGCAACGCAGGGCUCCCGGGACACCACCCAGGGCCAGGUGAGAGGGCGCGCGGCCCGUGGAGUCGCCCUGGCGGGGAGAGCUCGCCCAGCCUGCGGGGUCUCUCCUCAAGGCGGCGCGGCGCGCGAGCGCGUGGUUCCCAGCCGGCCUCGCGGCUGGGCGUGCGGCGGCGGCGCUGUGAGCAGCAAGCCAGCGCGAGGAGGGGGAGAGUGGGAGGAAGAGCCCCCUCAAGGCUCGCCAGGGUCACUGACCUUCACUGAGGUUUGA